UUUCCUUGUGGAGUCUGAAGCGUGGCCACGCCCCGGUCACAGAAAAAAUCCGUGUGACGUCAUAAAACCUACGCGUCGCGCGGGGAUCGGGAGUUCGCGGACGGUCCCUGGCUCGUUCUGGAGGCCUUGGGACCGCGGAAGAGGCCCCAGACGGUGCAGCGAUGCCUCGCCCACGGCGGGUCAGUCAGCUCCUGGAUCUAUGCCUUUGGUGCUUCAUGAAGAAUAUUUCCAGAUAUAUCACAGACAUUAAGCCUUUGCCUCCCAACAUAAAAGAUAGACUGAUCAAAAUAAUGAGCAUGCAAGGGCGGAUAACAGAUUCAAAUAUAAGUGAGAUUUUACAUCCUGAAGUCCAAACUCUAGACCUACGGAGCUGUGACGUAUCAGAUGCUGCUCUCCUGCACCUGUCUACCUGUAGAAAACUAAAGAAAUUAAAUUUAAAUUGUUCAAAAGGGAAUCGAGCUUCCGUAACUUCAGAAGGAAUAAAAGCUGUGGCUUCAUCUUGUUCAUACCUACAUGAAGCUUCUUUGAAACGAUGCUGCAAUCUCACUGAUGAAGGAGUCGUUGCUCUUGCACUCAAUUGCCAGCUGUUAAAGAUCAUCGAUUUAGGUGGCUGCUUAAGUAUUACUGAUGUGUCCUUACAUGCAUUAGGAAAAAACUGCCCGUUUUUGCAGUGUGUUGACUUUUCAGCUACUCAGGUAUCUGACAGUGGUGUGAUUGCACUUGUUAGUGGACCUUGUGCCAAGAAAUUAGAGGAGAUUCAUAUGGGACAUUGUGUAAAUCUGACUGAUGGGGCUGUUGAAGCUGUCCUUACUUACUGUCCUCAGAUACGUAUAUUACUCUUCCAUGGAUGCCCCUUGAUAACAGAUCACUCACGAGAAGUGUUGGAACAAUUAGUAGGCCCAAACAAACUAAAGCAGGUGACAUGGACUGUUUAUUGAUGCUUUUUUGAAGAUGAUCAACACUAGGAAAGCUUAUCAAAACCACUUUCCCAGGAAACCAUCUACAGAGAUUUGCAUUCUACUUAAUUUAACACUAAUUUUAAUUAUUUCAUUGUCCUUAAGUUAUAACUCUCAGAGAAUUAGUUAAGUCUUUGUAUAUACAUGGUUUGUGCUUAAUUCUUAAAUAUCUUAAUAGUGCUAUUAUUC